GAACGCAAGACGAUGAAUGCAUCUGAGGUCCAGUUCUUUGUCAACUCUUUGCGAUCAACAUUCUCAUCCCUAGAGGCACUUCAUGUUCCUACAAUUGCCGUAAUUGAAGGAGCAGCACUAGGCGGAGGACUGGAAAUGGCACUUUCAUGUGAUCUACGAAUAUGUGGAGAAGAGGCAGUAUUUUCCAUGCCAGAGACCGGACUUGCUAUAAUACCUGGUGCUGGUGGGACUCAACGGCUUCCUAGGCUAGUUGGAAUAUCAGUUGCAAAGGAACUCAUAUUCACUGGUCGGAAGAUUAAUGGCAGAGAUGCGAUUUCAACGGGUCUUGUCAAUUGUUGUGUUCCUGCUGGCGGGGCUUAUCAGAGGGCUCUUGAAAUUGCUCGAGAUAUAAAUCAGAAGGGUCCAUUGGCAAUUAGGAUGGCAAAACGUGCUAUUGAUGGGGGAAUCGACAUAGAGUUGCCUUCAGCUUUGGAAUUGGAAGAGGAGUGUUAUGAGAAGCUUCUGAACACACAAGAUCGCUUGGAAGGCUUGGCGGCAUUUGCUGAGAAGCGGAAGCCAGUAUACAAAGGUGAAUAGAAUAGGGUUCAUGCAUCCAGCUCUUUGUAUCAAUAAUGGCCAUUGAAGCUUGUCAGAAUCUGUCUACCUGUUCACUUCUUAGGGAGGGCACUGAGCCACUGAUAUGUUAAACUAUUUCAUGGAAAAUAAAUGAAGGAGAUGCUGUGAAACCCUAUUUUAUCACUUGAGCAAAUGCAUGAUUUCUAAUGC